AUGGCCGACCUCGCAAGUCCGCCACGGAGCACACAUAAAUUUCCCAAAAUCUUGGCUUUGGGGGUACUACUACUUGAGAUCGAGCUAGGCCAAGGCAUUGAGACUCAUAUUCCAGCAAUACAUAGAGACGCGAACGGCAAACCAAAAGAUAACGCAAUCCAUCUGACAGCAGGCGAAAUCAUCAAAUCAAGUGUGUGGGUAAGACGUCUCGAGAAACGCAAGACCCUCAAAUUUGUUAGCGACGCUAUCAACACAUGUGUGGGCCCAGAGACUGCUCAUCUCGGUACAGAUCCUGCUCAAGUACAGGAAAAGCUCUAUAGCUGUGUUGUAGCUAAGUUCUAUAGCGUGUUGGAAAUUAUGUAUGGUGAUCCCAGAAAGAUCGAUCUUGAACCGAUGCGACAUGCGCCGUGUCCCCAGUCUGUUCCGGUAAGGAUAUUACCAGCGCAGCCUCCAACAAUGCCACGUAUACAAGGCACAACCGAUGCAUCUCCUACUGAUGCGGCACUGCUGUCAUCGAAUUCAGCUUUGUUAGAUAGCUCCUCAUGGUUGGAUAAAUUCGAUCAUUGUAUCAGGUCUCUGGAGAGAUCUGCGCAAGGCGAAAAUCAACGUAAUAUUAUCAAGAUCGCUAUACUCGAUACUGGGUGCAACACGGAUGACGACUUUUUCUCCGAUCUUGGCAUGCAUUACCUCAAUGGCCUCCAAGGAUCCGGCAGAUGGUAUGACUGUGUCGCUGGAAGUUAUAAGCCGAUAGACCAGGAUCCAAAAAAACAUGGAACCGCCUUGACGGCUCUGUUACUUCGACUGGUUCCAAAGGCACUAGUAUACGUGAUCAGAGUUGCGAAAGACGCAGAGCAUCUUGCACAAGCAGAUGAAAACAUAGCGAAGGCAAGGAUAAUCCCAAGCAAGUCAAGUGACCCAUUGCUGACAAUGCCUGGGCAGGCAGUACGAUAUGCGCAUAGCCAAGGUGUUGAAAUCGUAUCGAUGUCUUUCGGCUUCGAUCGUACACUUGAGCUAUCUAAGAAAGCUAUCGAACAGACCAGCACCCUGAACUAUUUCCAGCCAACCACGAGCUUGUCAUUCCCGUUCGAGGUACAAGCUAUAAAGGAUCUUUCGAAGACUUGUUCAACCCAGUCACUCCUGGACACAAGCCAGGAUGUCGUUACGGCACUUUAG